AUGAGUCUCACCUAUGGAUUGGGAGGCAUCGGGAGCUCCCUGCUCGUCGUGGGAGCCUACAUGCUCUUCACGGGCUCCGGAGAGGCGUUCAACGUCGGCGCCUUCCUAGAAUCGACAUCGCCCUACUCUUGGGCCUCUCUUGGCGUUUCCCUUUGCAUUGCCCUCUCCGUGGUUGGCGCCGCAUGGGGCAUCUUCAUCACCGGUUCCUCCAUCCUCGGCGGUGGCGUCAAGGCACCCCGCAUCCGCACAAAGAACCUCAUCUCGAUCAUCUUCUGCGAAGUCGUCGCCAUCUACGGUGUCAUCAUGUCUAUUGUGUUCUCUUCGAAGCUGAGCUACAUCUCUGGCGCCGAACUGCACGACGGAAACAGCUAUUACACGGGCUUCGCGCUUUUCUGGGCUGGCCUGACUGUAGGCAUGUGCAACCUCAUCUGUGGUGUCGCCGUUGGUAUCAACGGCAGCAGUGCUGCCUUGGCAGAUGCCGCGGACCCCAGCCUUUUCGUCAAGAUCCUCGUUGUCGAGAUUUUCAGCUCCGUGCUGGGUCUCUUCGGCCUCAUUGUCGGCCUUCUUGUUUCCAGCAAGGCGACCGAGUUUGGAGGCAAAUAG